CAUGAACCAUCUCCUGUUACGUAUUCAGCUCAGAUCUCUUUCUCGUUCAUAUUCAUAUAACCAACGCACGAUUCGUGCAUUCACGGCUGGUCGGACAUCGUCGCGUGUGUGGAUCCUAACCGAUGGUGGCCUUGAAUCGACCUUGCAGAGUUACGCUCUUGGUAAGCGACUAGCUGCCAGAGGCCAGCUUGAUUUCAAGACGGUGACUUCAAAACCAGCACUACAGAUGUUCCCUUCUAUCUUCCAGAAAUAUAUCGUUGAAUGGAAUGUGCAAAAGUCUGACAGCUCAAGCGACUCGUUACCGUGGUAUUUGACGUCGUCUGGAAACGAUAAUGAAGGCUCUAUCGCAGGCGAUCGGCCGGAUUAUGUGAUUUGCAGUGGCACCAAUGCCAUUCCGACCUGUUUACAUCUUGCGCACGCUAAUCAGACGGAGAAGAGAAGCUUUUCAGUAUAUUUGGGCAUGCCGACAAUUCCUUUUAUUAGCUUUGAUCAGGUGGUGCUGCCAAAGUACGAAGCAAAUGCUAAGCUCGCCAAACUAGGACCGUUGGCGCAUCAGAAGAAUUGUAUUAUACCGAAUAUGCCACUGCUUGAUUUCGAUAUCAUCCCAGAUAACGAUACCUGGAAACAAGCAAUGCCCACCUCUUUCAUGGAAAGCCUAAGCAAUACAGAUAAUGUUACGGCCGUUGUGGUAGGAGGUUAUAAUGCACAGUGUCGAUGGUACUCUGAAGAUGCAAUCACUCUGGUGGAUAAUAUGCGUCGUAUGAUCCAGAACCUGAAUAGCAAAGUUGUACUAGUUUUCACUGAUAAAACGACCGAUAUGGUCAAAGACAAGAUGAUCAAGGCGAUAACCACACAGAUCGACAAGCAUGAACAACAGGUUGCUAUUUGGGAUGCAGCGGAUAAAAAUCUCGAAAGUUUGUCAAGAAUUGUGACCUAUGAGGGUAUGCUCAAUCGCGCUUCUCGCAUCGUUCUCACAGCUGAUCUGGACUACGCUACUGCUCAUGCGGCCUCCAAGCGAAAACCUGUCUAUACGGUAUUUGCCGGUCGUUGUCGAUCUUAUUUACUGCAAUUUCAUCAUUGGUGCCGGGAAAACCAGAUCACUAGAAAAUUGCGACUGGAGCGCAAGAUUUUCGGACAUGGGCGACACGGAGGCGAUCCUUACAGCUAUCUAGGACAUCAUGAACCCUGGGGAGAUUCUCAGCGCAUUCUUCGCAGUCAUGACAUGACAAACAAGGUGAAAGCUAAGAUAGAAGAAUUACAUGAAGAAAUGGUCACAGGAAAGCGACGUCGGUAAACUACGCUAAAGACAAAACCAUACCAUUCCUACCAACAACACCUGCCAUUAAAACGCAUAUUACUAUGAUAUGUGGAUUAUUCUCGAACAAACGCGCUUCCUGAAGCUUGAUCUACAUAAUGGGGAAUAAUGACCGAGAAUAUGCGCUUCUGUGUCUUGUUCCGCUUGUAUUUUCAAACCCUCAAACCACGCUUAAGAUGGUGUUAGUUCGCUUGUUGCCUAAUAGCUUGCAUGAUGGAAGCGUCAAGGACUAUUGCGGGCAAUUCUCGUGAUCAGUGAAAAAAUGAUACAGAUCAAUGAUCCAAUAGUAAUAAUGGCGGUGGCUUUUCGAC